AUGUGUAGUUUUUCCAACCUUGAUUUUGUGGCCACAUCCUUUUGUGUCAGUAAGCGACUGCUAAAACCUGACCAGACCAAGAAGAAACUGCGCAAGUUCUUGGACGCUAUGAUCCAGAAGUCAGGCAAGAUCAGAUGCCUAGUCAGGGAAAUCAACGAUUCCUACUCGAAGAGUGAUCUGCUGCAGAAGUCCAGACGUCAGUUGGAGGAGGAACUCCAGAAAUUGGAUUCCCAGUAUGAUGCCUGCAACACUGUGAUGCUCAGAGGGGAGGUCAACGGAUUUCAGCCGGAGUGGGGGUUCUCAGUCCCAUGCAGGUGUUCAGCGGCCUGUUCAGCUGAAGCGAAGACUCGGUACUUACCUCAGUGCAUCAGGCAGCCAGCAAGCAUGUUUCUCAUUUCAAUUGACCCGACCAUGAGGAAUGCAAAGAAGUACGAGAAGAAGGAUGCGGAUCUUUCCCCGGGAGAGAAUCGCAAGCCCACUGUGAAGCAGGAGAAGAAUGAGAAGAACAAGAAGGAGAAGAAGGAGAAGGAGAAGAAGGAGAAGGGCAGGUCUAAGCACGGAAAGGGUAAGAGUGAGAAACCUUUGGCUGCGGCAUUCGGGCAACCCACACCAUGCACUGGCCCAGGUAAACCUGGAUCGAGGAAUGUGCGAUUGGGGGGAGACACUGUGAGCACCGACCAGCCGGAUGCAGCGCGUGGAGUUGUGAGUGAUAUCGGGGAGACAGCUGCGGAAGCCAGCAGUGGUCUCAUAGAGUUGAGCCGGUGUACUUUAAGCAACAGUGAAAGGGAUGUUGAGCAAGUGUCCAGGAAGUACAAUCUUCAGCUCCCUGUUCCCAUCAGAGAAAUUCAGAAAUCUCCUGGUGUCCGCUACUCCGGGAACUUUCACGUGAUCGCUUUGGAAAGCUGGCUUCAAUUCAUCAUCGAUCACAACGUCUGGCAUAUGUUACUAGGCCUGCACAAUGCAGACCCGAAACGGGAAAGGGCCUUGCUUCGCGAGUUUUGGCGCUUGUAUCGGCUUGCUGAGCCUGACCAUCAAGUGUGGGCUGAAAUUGAGAAGCAUGGUAUCAAAGUUGAACAUCUUUUGCCCGUCGUGAUGCACGGCGACGAGGGGCGCGGCCGGAAACGCGGCCCUUUCCUGGUGACCUCAUAUCAUUCAAUGAUAGGAUUCGGGACUGUUUUAGCAAAUGCCAACAGAAAAACAAAAUCCUACCUGCAGCUUCGAUUGAAUUACGUGGGCUCCACCCACUCCAGCAGAAUGAUCACUGGGUGUCUACCCAAGAUGCACAAAGACGAGCAGGCGCUUGAUGACCUUUUAACUUUCAUGACAGGCGAUUGUCUCAGAUCAUUUCAGCAGGGCGUCACUGGCAAGCAUGGUGAACGGUACCAUGCUGCUUGUCUGAAUGCAGUUGGAGAUUGGGCAUGGCUCCAAAAGUGCGGCCACUUGGAACGAUCCUAUUUGAACAUUCCGAAGAAAGCAUUGGUACAAACGAGCAAGCCCAAAGGGAUCUGCCACCUGUGCCACGCAGGGCGUUUGGAGCACGACUUCGAGGAUCUGAGCUUGAACCCUUCAUGGCUUCAGACGAUGUACUGCGAUGAGCCGUGGACAGUGAGACCCGUGCUUCUUCACCUCGCCCACUGCCCAUCACGGCCGGCAGAUUUCUUCAGCUACGACUUGUGGCAUGCGUUCCAUCUUGGUAUGGCAAAAAGUUUUGCCGCUUCGACAUUGGCACGUAUCACAGAUCGCUUCCCAGAAAGUACAGUCGACUCACGAUUUGAGCGUUUGACAUCGCUGUUCCUCACCUUCGCUGAUGAGCACCGUGAACCUACAUACAUCACAGCGCUGACGAAGGAAAGUUGCGGAUGGUAUGAUAGGAAAACCUAUCCCAACGGGCAGUGGAGCAAAGGCCACGUCAGUAGAGUCUUGUUGCGUUUUCUUCAAAGUUACUUUGCGAGGUUUGACGUAUCAGAUGACAUCAUCCUGUCCAAGGCCAAGGCCGCAACGUCUGCAAUCAACACUUGCCUUCACGACAUGUAUUCUUCGGAUUUAUGGUUGGAGCCUUCCUUGAGCCAUCAGAUUGGUGGAAAAGGAAUGGAAUUUCUCCAGUUAUAUCAGCAACUUGCGAAAGUGUCCCAUGAUCAGGGGGAAGCGCUUUACCCUUAUAUGCCGAAGGCUCACAUCGUCCACCACGUGAUGUUGCGCUGUGCGACAUCACGUGGUGCGAUCUUGAACCCCUUAACGUUUGGGGUUCAGGUGGACGAGGAUUUCAUAGGGAAGAAGGCUCGGCUUGCUCGCAGAGUUGGACCGGGACAGGUGAUUUUGCGCGUGUUACAGCGGUCUUUGGCGGUAUCGUAUGCAUACUGGCAUGAGAUGGGCUUCAUCAAGUGAAAAAAAAGGCAUGCGCUCAAGGGGGGUGCAGUUAAAUGAUGUUGAAUGGUUUUGAGGAAUCCAAGUGGAUGGAGACUAUUCUUGUGAAAGGUCGUUUUUUCAAGAACCUAGGUUUUCUGCAGAAGUCUCGGCUUUCUGUACUGACCCUAACUUUUCUGCGGUUUCAGUUUCUCUUGGUA